AUGUCGAUAUCAUUCAAAAGAAAAACUGAGCCUCUUAUCUGCGAUCAUUUUCCACCAGAUUUUUUUGGGGUUAAAUAAAUUACAUGGUCAUAAUUUUUUUCUAUAAAAAUGACUGCAAAUUUCAAUUGGUAAAACAAUUACAAAUUUAUUUUUUGAAUUUCUUUAAACUGCAGCGGAAAAAGGUAAAGGUGUCUAAAUAGGAAAAUUAGGAAAAAAGUAAGUUUUAUUUAUCCAUUUUUUUGAUAGAGCAGUAAUUAAGAAAAAAUUCAUCAAGCGACCCUUGUCGCACUUUAGAAAUAUUUCUGAAAUGGAUACACAAAAAACACCUGAAUGGCCUGCACAUAAAAGAAAUAAUACAAUAGCAAAAGGUUCAGCCUCUGUCUUAAAUUGUGCAGAAAAUAAAGAAAAUGUCCCAAUCCUGCACACAAAGUUUUUGAAUCCGAAUUUGAUGGGACAAUUGAAAAAAAUGACAAAUAUUAGUGCUCUAGAUAUAAACAAGAAUUUUUCAAAAACUAAAAUUUUGAAAGACCGUGAUGCAAAUAUUUUUAAAUUAUAA